UUAUAUCCUUGCUCUGCAGCCGUCCUACAACCAGUCAUAUACACACUGUCGUCCCUGAACAAUGCUUUUCCUCCUCUUCCUCGCAUCACUAGUGGCGGGGGACUUCCCCUUCAGAAACACAUCCCUACCCUGGGCGGACAGAGUCAACGAUCUCGUGGGUCGCCUCACCCUGGACGAGAUCAAACUACAAAUAUCCCGUGGGGGGUCGGGGCCCAAAGCUGGCCCUGCCCCUGCUGUACCACGACUGGGUAUCACACCCUACUCCUGGAACACCGAGUGUCUCCGAGGGGACGCGGGGGCAGGGCACGCCACAGCCUUCCCCCAGGCCAUAGGACUUGGAGCCUCAUUCAGCACAGAUCUGAUAUUCCGGGUAGCCCAGGCCACGGGUGUGGAGGUGAGGGCCAAGUUUAAUGACUACAUGAGGAAAGGACAAUAUGGCGACCACAAGGGUAUCAGCUGUUUCAGUCCGGUCAUCAACAUCGUGAGAGACCCCAGGUGGGGCAGGAAUCAGGAAACAUAUGGAGAGGAUCCAUUCCUAACAGGAGUCUUUGCUGCUAAUUUUGUAAAGGGUCUCCAGGGAAGUGAUCCCCGCUACAUCAGAGCCAACGCCGGCUGCAAACACUUCAAUGUCCAUGGUGGUCCCGAGAAUAUUCCGGUGUCACGUUUCUCUUUUGAUGCAAAGGUGUCUGAGAGAGACUGGCGCACUACCUUUCUCCCAGCGUUCCGCUCCUGUGUCAAGGCCGGUACCUACAAUGUCAUGUGCAGCUUCAACAAAAUCAACGGAGUUCCAGCAUGUGUCAACAAGAAGCUACUGACGGAUAUUCUGAGAAACGAAUGGGGAUUCAAAGGCUACGUUAUCAGCGACCAGGCCGCCAUUGAGAACAUCAUCAGCGAACACCACUACAUCAACAACAGCGUCGACACCGUCACAGCGUGUGUAAAGGCAGGAUUGAACCUUGAACUUUCCACGAAUCUUCAUCAACCCGUCUACUUCUCAGUUGUCGAUGCUGUGAAACAAGGCAAACUUACCGAAGACGAGGUCAGGGCCAAUGUAAAGACGUUGUUCAACGUCAGAAUGAGGCUUGGAGAGUUCGACCCCCCGGAAAUGAACCCAUACUCCAAACUUAACCUGUCGGUACUUCAAAGCGAGGCUCAUAGGAACCUGUCUGUAGAGGCAACGCUGAAAUCAUUUGUGUUGCUGAAAAAUGACAAUGUCCUUCCGUUAAAGGCAUCGAACUACAAGAACGUGGCGAUUGUGGGUCCAAUGGCCAACAAUACCAUACAAUUGUUUGGAAACUAUGCUCCUGAUAUGAACCCCAACUAUACCACCAACCCUCUCCAAGGCAUAACCACCCUCUGGUCUGCUGUGCGGUACGGAGCUGGCUGUACAGACAAUAAGUGUACUCAGUAUAACUCCGAGGAAGUCCUGACAGCAGCGAAAGGCGCGGGUCUUAUUUUUGUGUGUCUUGGCACAGGUCAGGAAUUAGAAUCUGAGGGCAACGACAAGGCCAACCUGGACCUCCCUGGACAACAGCUGCAACUGCUGAAGGAUGCUGUCACCGCCGGCCAGGCAACUGGUGCGAAAGUCAUCCUCCUUCUAUUCAAUGCGGGGCCCCUCAACAUUACAUGGGCUGUUGAGAGUCCCAAUGUUCAGGUUAUCAUGGAACUAUUUUUCCCAUCGCAAGCAACUGGCGAGGCACUGCGUCGAGUACUUUUGGCGGAUGGGCCGAACUCAGUUCCUGCCGGAAGGCUUCCAAUCACGUGGCCAAAGUAUAUUAACACCGUUCCUGACAUGACAGACUACUCAAUGGCCGGACGCACAUACCGGUACGCCAAGUAUCAAGUUCUCUUCCCCUUCGGCUACGGUCUCUCCUACACCAAAUUUGUGUAUGACAGUAUGAGGUAUCUCAAUCAGGUGAAAGCUGGGGACGACAUCACUGGUUCAGUAACACUCAGCAAUCGAGGAUCGUUUGACGCUGACGAGGUGAUCCAGGUGUACAUAUCCUGGUCUAACCCCACGGUGACGGUUCCACAUCUUCAGCUGGUGGCCUUCAACAGAGUGUUUGCACCACGGGGCGUGCAGACUCAGUGGAACUUCACCAUCUCGGCAGAAUCUCUGGCAGUGUGGACUGACCAGAAGGGAUGGGUUGUUGAGCCAGGCGUGGUAGUAUUCUGGGUUGGUGGUCAGCAGCCCAACAUCAAACCAGAUGUCGGAUCCAAUGUCCUUUCUGGAAAGGUCGAGAUCCUCGGACAAAAACGUCUUGGUCGUUAUUAAUCAACAUUGACGAGGAAAUUUGAGUUUGGAGUCGUUUCGUUAACAACUAUAGAUAUCCAGUUAUUUUACGCAAGUUAAUGUCAUAGUGUCCCCAAGCCAUGAUAAUAUUGGAGGAUGUAUUGGUUGGUAUGUGGCAGAGACUGAAUAGACAUAAAUAUAAGCGAAGAAACCCUUUCUAUAAUCAGUAAGAAAUAUCUUCCAUUGUACGGUUCCAACUAUAUCAUGAACAUAGUUUAUGAAUCACUCGCAAAUAGUGAUGAGACCAGGUGUUCGUGAAAAGGAAAGCGUAUCCUGCCUAACCAUUGGCACACAUCACAAACGGAUGCAAGGGCAAGUCCGCUGGCCAAGUCAAAAUAGAGAAUUGCAUCGGACAUAAUCUCCGUCACUGAUGCGUCAAAUUUUAAGGAAUGUGGACAUUAAAGGACAACCAAAGAUGAAUACACUCAAUAUCCGUGUGUAUAGUAUUCACAAUUCUCAUCUUGCUAUUCAUCAUCAAAACAUUGUAUUUUGUCUUUUACACCAAUAAAUAUGUUCUGAAUCA